AUGUCGCUUGAUGAGCGCUACGAGCUCGUGCGCUCGAUCGGGGAGGAAUGCAUUCAGGAGGACGAGCUCCGCGGACUGUUGGCGAAAAAGCCGGUGGUGACGGCGUACGAUGGGUUCGAGCCGUCGGGGCGGAUGCACAUUGCGCAAGGGGUUUUGAAAGUGAUCAACGUGAACAAGCUCACCAAGGCAGGGAUCAACUUCAAGUUCUGGAUCGCGGACUGGUUCGCGCAGCUGAACAACAAGAUGGGUGGGGACUUGAAGAAGAUUCGCACGGUCGGGGAGUACAUGAUCGAGGUCUGGAAGGCCGUCGGGAUGGACCUGAGCCACGUGGAGUUCAUCUGGGCCUCCGACGAGAUCAACGCGCGGCCGGAGGAGUACUGGACGCUGGUGAUGGACAUCGCGAUCAAGAACAGCCUCAAGCGCGUGGUUCGGUGCUCCCAGAUCAUGGGACGCAACGAGUCCGACGACUUGGCAGCAGCGCAGAUAUUUUACCCUUGCAUGCAAGCGGCGGACAUCUUCUUCCUCAAGGCGGACAUCUGCCAGCUGGGCAUGGACCAGCGCAAGGUCAACAUGCUCGCUCGCGAGUACUGCGAUGUGUGCAAGCCGAAAAGGAAGCUCAAGCCGGUCAUCUUGUCUCACCACAUGAUGCCUGGCCUGAAGCAGGGGCAAGAGAAGAUGAGCAAAAGCGACCCUGAAAGUGCGAUCUUCAUGGAGGACUCGGAGCAAGAGGUCAAGACGAAGAUCAAGAAGGCCUUCUGCGAGCCGCAGGUGGCCGAGGGCAAUCCCUGCAUCGAGUACGUGGAGCACAUCGUCCUCCCGUACCUGAAAGAGCUGACGGUCAACCGCAAGCCGGAGAACGGUGGCCCGAAGACCUACACCUCGGCGGAGGACCUCAAAGCCGACUACGUCGCCGGCGACCUGCACCCAGCGGACCUCAAGCCCGCUCUUGCGGACGGGAUCAACAAGAUUCUCGCUCCGGUCAGGGAUCACUUCACGAACGACCCCAGGGCGAAGGACCUGCUCAAGCGCGUCAAGGCCUUCAAGGUGACGCGGUGA